CAAAAGACGCGCGUCCGCUGUGUGCAGCGUCGCAUAUUGUAUAUUGAUAAUAAUGGAUCCUAGCACUACGAAUGCGACGGAAGAGGGGUCUUCCAAUGAAGCUUUUGAUCCUUCGCCAGAAAAUACUAACACAGCAGAACCAUCGUUGAACGGGACAAAGGGAGUGAAUAUUAUACCGACAAUUAAUAUAGUUGACGAAGUACAAAAAGAAAAUGGCUUAGAAUCAUCAGCACCAGAAAAAGUAGAUAUUGUAUCACUUGAAACAAAUAAGAAAGAAGACCGCACACAAGAUCGUCCACAAUGGGACAACGCCAUAGAGUUCCUAAUGUCUUGCAUAGCCACGUCCGUGGGCUUGGGCAACGUCUGGCGGUUCCCCUUCGUCGCCUACCAAAACGGAGGGGGGGCCUUCCUCAUCCCCUAUAUCAUAGUGCUUUUAGUUAUAGGAAAACCUAUGUAUUAUCUUGAGACAGUCCUUGGACAAUUCAGCAGUAGUAACUGUGUUAAAAUAUGGGCUCUUUCGCCGGCCAUGAAAGGUACCGGCUACGCGCAAGCCCUAGGAGCCGGUUAUGUACUUUCCUACUACGUCUCCAUUAUCGCGCUAUGUCUAUUUUACUUGGUGAUGAGUUUCCAAGGCACGCUGCCCUGGGCCAUUUGCCGGGACGAGUGGGAAAACUGCGUGCCUUCGGGAGAAUCCGUCAAUGCAAGCCAACUGGAAGGAAAUGCUGUCAGCAGCGCUGAAUUAUAUUUCACACACACGGUACUUCGUCAGUCAGACGGCAUUCACGACGGAAUUGGGUUGCCGAUUUGGGACUUAACGAUUUGCUUGCUGGUGUCAUGGCUAAUUAUCUUCUUGAUUGUGGCGCGAGGAGUCAAGAGCUCGGGCAAAGCUGCCUAUUUCUUGGCUAUCUUCCCCUAUAUUGUGCUCUUAAUUUUGCUUAUAAGGGCUGUAACUCUUCCUGGCGCAGGAAAAGGCAUAUUGUUCUUUAUAACACCUGAAUGGGAGAAAAUCCUACAAUUAGAGGUAUGGUACGCUGCAGUGACCCAAGUUUUCUUCUCCCUGUCAGUGUGUUCUGGGGCUCUUAUCAUGUUCUCUUCAUACAACGGAUUCAGAUCUAACGUUUACAGAGAUUCCAUGAUCGUAACAACGUUGGACACGUUCACAAGUUUAAUAUCGGGUAUAACAAUCUUCGGUGUCCUCGGUAACUUGGCCUACGAACUGGGUUACGAUAAUGUGGCAGAUGUCGUCGGGAGCGGAGGAACCAGCCUCGCCUUCAUUUCAUACCCUGAUGCCAUUGCCAAGUCACCGUUUGUGCCACAGCUGUUCGCGGUCCUGUUCUUCCUGAUGAUGGCCGUGCUCGGCAUCGGGUCUGGGGUCGCUCUGCUGUCCACGCUCAACACCGUGUUGCUGGAUGCCUUCCCGAGGGUUCCCACCAUCUUCAUGGCGGCCGGCGCCUGCACCGUCGGGUUCCUCGUGGGUCUCGUAUAUGUGACACCGGGUGGACAAUACGUUCUUGAGAUUGUCGAUUAUUACGGAGGAACGUUUAUGCGACUUUUCGCUGCUAUUGCGGAAACUAUUGCUGUCUUUUGGAUUUAUGGUUUGGAGAACCUUUGCGUCGACAUUGAAUUCAUGUUGGGCAUUAAGACUAGCUGGUACUGGCGCAUAUGCUGGUCUAUCGUGACUCCAGUUGUGAUGAUCACGGUCUUCAUGUACGCAAUGGUGACCACUGAAGCUCUCGUCUUUGGUGGCACAUACGUAUACCCGAGGGCUGCCUACAUUGCUGGUAACAUGCUUCAAUAUGUAGGAAUGGCGCUGAUUCCUAUCUUUAUUGUGGCAUCUCUUUGGAAGUAUACAUCUCCUACGUUUACUGAGACGGUGAAGCGCGCGUUCAAGAAGAAGGCCAGUUAUGGUCCAUCCGACGCGGAUCUGCGUAAGGACUGGAAGCAAUUCAGCCUGCAAGCCAAGCGCGACCGCGAGUCCGUCAGCAACAACUGGAUACAGCGUAUCGGGCGGUCCCUCGCAGGGAAACAUCGGAAGAAUAAAUAGAGCCGAGGCAGACAUACUUGUAAAAAGGACUCAUCGCCAUACUAAGGAUAAGUCGAGGCACACUGAAGGGACAUCCCUAAAAUUUUCAUCGACAAUCAAAUCGAUGGUACUGUCAAGAUCAAAAUAUUAUGCAUAAUUUAAUUUACUUUUAUAAUUAUCCAAAAUUCGAUUAUCGAUAUCGAAUCGAUAAAGUGCCCCGAAUUAUCACAGGCCAUCGCUAGUUCAAAGAACCGCAAACGUCGAUUUCAGUGGUUUGGGACCAUACUAUUCAAUAUACUUGGUGACUUGGUCUAUUAUAUUCCAAAUUGGAACUCAUGUUUUAGCAUUAUUGUUUCUGUGGCUUGAAAAGCCGUAAUGAAUAUCCCUAAAGGGCCGCGAAUGCCGGUCCCAGUCCUAAACAUUUAUUAUGAUAUGAUAUCUCAACUUAAUGUAUUAAAUGUAAUGAAACUUAUGAAUAAAAUAAUAAUUAUUUUUUUUACCGUUGUUAA